UAAUUGGGUUCUUGUUCAUUCUGACUCUUCUUCACGAAUCAGAUACGAAAAAGUGAGUGAGCGUUGUCAACCAUGGCUUCUCAUCUCCUCAGACGAACCCUCGGUAGCCGCUACCUCGCUAACUCUCUCCGGGGUUUCUCCUCCGCUUCCACUCCGAUCCGCGCCACUCUCUUCCCCGGCGACGGUAUUGGUCCCGAGAUCGCCGAAUCCGUCAAACAGAUAUUCCUAGCUGCUGAAGUGCCAAUUGAAUGGGAAGAGCACUAUGUAGGGACCGAAAUUGAUCCUCGAACUCAGAGCUUUCUGACAUGGGAAAGUUUGGAAUCAGUUAGGCGUAAUAAGGUUGGCUUGAAAGGACCAAUGGCCACCCCUAUUGGAAAAGGGCAUCGUUCAUUAAACCUUACUCUAAGAAAAGAACUUAAUUUAUAUGCCAAUGUUCGGCCGUGCUACAGCCUUCCUGGCUACAAAACUCGAUAUGAUGAUGUGGAUCUCAUCACAAUCCGUGAAAAUACGGAAGGAGAGUACAGUGGACUUGAACAUCAGGUUGUGAGAGGUGUAGUGGAAAGUCUUAAAAUCAUCACACGUCAAGCAAGUUUAAGGGUGGCUGAGUAUGCUUUUCACUAUGCCAAGGCACAUGGAAGAGAGAGGGUGUCUGCCAUACACAAAGCCAACAUUAUGCAAAAGACUGAUGGUCUUUUCCUCAAGUGUUGCCGUGAGGUUGCAGAAAAAUAUCCAGAGAUUACCUAUGAGGAAGUUGUCAUUGACAAUUGUUGCAUGAUGCUUGUGAAGAAUCCUGCACUUUUUGAUGUAUUGGUGAUGCCUAACCUUUAUGGUGAUAUAAUAAGCGACCUUUGUGCUGGCUUGAUUGGAGGAUUGGGGUUGACACCGAGCUGCAACAUUGGGGAGGGAGGUAUUGCACUUGCUGAGGCUGUGCAUGGUUCAGCUCCUGAUAUUGCCGGAAAGAACUUGGCAAAUCCAACUGCCUUGCUGCUGAGUGGUGUUACGAUGUUGCGGCAUUUAGAUCUCCAUGACAAAGCAGACCGGAUUCAAAAUGCCAUCCUCAACACAAUUGCCGAAGGAAAGUACCGAACUGCUGAUCUUGGUGGCAAGUCAAAGACAUCUGAAUUUACACAAGCAAUUAUUGAUCAUCUUUAAAUUUUGCUUUGAAUUCAGCAAGAAAUUGUUGGUUAUGAUUUUGUUUCAGUCAAUUUCCUUUUAUUUCCCCAAUUUUUACAGAGGAGUAGAAUUACCUCAGCUUACUACGUGUGUGGGCAAGCAUCCAAAUAUUCGCUGCCCAAUGCAGUUUUAUGGCAUUGAUAGAGCCCCCUUCAAAAUGCACAUUGAUUGUGAUUGAUAAUCCUUUGUAGUCAAUUUCAGUAUUCUUUUUUCACUAAUAUAGCUAAAUAAAAGUACUAGAUGAUGCUUCCUUCCUUCA